AUGGGGAGGGAGCACAUUGAUUUUCCGACACAUAAAUUCGGAGGUCAACUUGAUGUCAUCAUCACCAGGUCUGAGUUUGAGAUAUUCAAUGCCCACGUUGACUCACUUACCGUUUCAGAUCAUGGGAUUAUAUCCUACUCGAUGGCGGUUGCUGUUUCUCAAAUAUCAAAAUUGGUCUACAGACGAGUUCGAAACAACAAGAGUAUUGAUCGUGACAUGUUCAGAAGCUUAUUGAGUGGAAGCGCUGUCUGUGAUUCUGGGGCUUACUUACAUUGUAAUGUGGAGGAGCUUUUUGAUUUAUAUGACUCAACUCUUAGACAAAUUGUCGACCAGCACGCUCCAUUGGUAAACAAAAGAACUUCAUGUUCUCUGAGAGAGCAGCUCCAACCAGUAUCCGAGGUUACAAACAGAAACAGAUUAAGAUCUUCUGAUAAUGGAGAUCUCGUGAUUCAAAAGCACAAAACUUCACGCUUUGGAAAAAGAAGAUUUUUGGUGUCGUCAGCUCAAAUUUAG